AAAAAAAGUAAUGUUAUUUUUUUCAUACGCUAGAGUGCAGCACUAGGUCAUGUGAUUAGGGCAGAAAGUUUUUCGUAAAACAGUCACCUGUCACUGAAAAUAAUCUGAAAAGUUUUUAUUUUCUUCGAAAAACUUUUACACACACACGAACUGAGCUCAAACUAUGGCCACCCAAUUACGUACCGUUGUUGGACAAACGUUCGGUUAUCUCUUUGUUGCAGUGAGCACCGUACUCAUCUUCUAUCAUGUUUUCACAGGAAAGGGAGAACGUGUGAGCGUUGGUUGGUUCCUCUCGGCCUCAUCGCCAUAUAUGUGGGCAUGUUUGGGUAUUGGUUUAGCCGUAGCUUUGUCCGUCGUAGGUGCAGCUCUUGGUAUUCACACCACUGGCACCAGUAUUGUGGGUGGUGGUGUUAAAGCACCCCGUAUCAAGACUAAAAAUUUGAUUUCUGUUAUUUUCUGCGAAGCCGUAGCCAUCUAUGGUCUCAUUACUGCUAUUGUAUUGUCCGGUUUGUUGGAUUCGUUCAAAAUGGAAACAGCGCUUAGCAGUCAAACUGUAAUGAAUAACAAUUGGACCGCCGGUUAUGUUAUGUUCGGCGCUGGUUUAGCUGUCGGUUUAGUAAACUUGUUUUGCGGUAUUGCUGUAGGUGUAGUUGGUUCUGGAGCUGCUUUGGCUGAUGCUGCUAACUCUGCUUUGUUCGUGAAAAUCCUUAUUGUGGAGAUUUUCGGUUCAGCUAUUGGUCUCUUUGGCUUGAUUGUUGGCAUCUACAUGACAUCUAAAGUCAAAAUGGGUGACAAGGAGUAAUUGCAACCACUUAUUAUUAUUAGCCUAAGCAAAAAUCGCGAUUUUGCAAUACCAGACAAGAUCACCACAAAUUCUUUAGCCAUUCCAUCAAAUAAGAAUUACAUUGGAAAUACCAAAAUAAGUAAAAAGAAAAAUGUACUUCAACCAAAUAUUACACAAAAAUUCUUGUAACAGUGAAAUAUCUUCAGAUACAGAUGAGUGUGUGUGUGCACGUGAAUAAUAUCCGUAGUGAAAUUAAAUCUCUUUUCUAGAAAGAAAAUGAAAAUAAUCAUAAAAUAAUUGGCCCAAUUUAAGUCUCUCUUUUUUACAACUCUUCUUUAUUAAAUCUUUGGUGAAACUUGGAUUGCAAUCAGUUCAGCAUCAAUACCUUAGCAAUCCAAGUUUUCUAUAAGAUUUAAAUGACAGAACUUUACAUUAAACUGUCUAUUUGUAAUUUGUUUUUGUUUUUAGUUAAUCUUCCUUUUUGAUUAAAUUGUUAACCUUUGUGUAUUAUUUUUAAAAAUUAAUAUUACUAUACAUAUAUAUAGAAAUGAUUUAUUAUAAUACUGAUUGUAUGCAAUUUGUGUAAAAAGUAUUCGAUAUAUAAAUAAAUACGUUCUUUUUCUUUCAGGGAAAAAAAA